AAAAGGCUGGGUGACUCCCACAUAUUCAGACACACUUCCCCUCUCAGUUGUAACCAGCACAUGGAAAUGGAGGAUCAAGUGGAAAGCCAGAAGAGAAGAGGAAUGAGCAAAGAUGAUUUAAUAUCUGAACGGACAGGGUCUUUGGGAUGCAUUGGUUGGGUCAUAGUCAUUAUGUCUGGCAUCUUCACAACUUUACUCUUCCCCAUCACCAUCUGGUUUUGUUUGAAGAUUGUUCAGGAGUAUGAGCGCGCUGUCAUCUUUAGACUGGGCCGCAUUACAGACAGGAAGGCCAAAGGACCAGGAAUUUUCUUCAUUUUGCCGUGCACUGACUCCUUUGUGAAAGUGGAUUUGCGAACAGUUUCAUUUGACAUCCCACCACAAGAGGUCCUGACCAAGGACUCAGUUACCGUUUCGGUGGACGGAGUGGUGUACUUCCGGGUCAGUGACCCCAUUGCCUCUGUGGCCAACGUGUCUAAUGCUGACUUCUCCACCCGUCUGCUGGCUCAAACCACCCUCAGAAAUGCCCUGGGGACUAAGAACCUGUCUGAGCUGUUGUCUGACCGCGAGGGCAUCGCUCAAAGCAUGCAGUCCAACCUGGAUGAAGCCACAGACAACUGGGGCAUCAAGGUGGAGCGUGUGGAGAUUAAAGAUGUGAAGCUGCCACAUCAGCUGCAGAGAGCCAUGGCUGCCGAAGCAGAGGCUACACGAGAGGCCAGAGCCAAGGUGAUUGCAGCAGAGGGUGAGAUGAAUGCAUCUCGUGCCCUGAAGGAGGCGUCCCUUGUGAUCGCAGAGUCUCCGUCAGCCUUGCAGCUGCGCUACCUGCAGACUCUCAGCACCAUCGCAGCAGAGAAGAACUCCACCAUCAUCUUCCCCCUGCCCAUGGACAUGAUAUCUCACUUCAUGAAGAAGUGAUACCUCAGUUUCUUCAUCCUCUAAAGUCGCUGUCAAAUUAAACAUGAUUUGGAGGGGAUCAGGGUAUAUUUCUAAAAUAAACUCUCAGGAUGCGAGAUGAGGCUGUUGUUGUAUAGUUGACAUUUCUUCAGACUGAUCAUAGAAACACCUUUAUGGUUUACAUGUAGUCAAGCUGUGAUCGAGUCCUGCUAACAAUGUGAGGUAGAUUAGCAUAGUUUCCAUAUCUUCAACAUACUGUAUGUUGCUAAAACUAUAUCUCAUUCAUAUCAGAUGACGUAAUGUUGAUCAGUUGCAUAUUUUGAUACUGAAUUAAAUGUAACAUGUUUAAAACUAUUUGUUGAAGUUUUGUUCUUAGUCAAACAGCUUUUGUUGCCUCGAAUCUUGAAUCCCUUAUAUAAUGUAUGCGAUAUUAGUUUAUGUUUUUGUCACUGUCAUAGAACAUGUUGGUUACUAAAAAUGGUAGUUUACUUUGAUCUAAAGUAUUCUGUUAACUAGGACAAGCCAGAAUACAUGUAGCAGAUAAACACCCACUCUUUUGAAUGGAGAGCAAGACUUGUCAGUAAAUGAAACACAGACAUGACUUUUUCUUGUAUAUUUUUUAAUACUGUGUUCUCCCCAAAAAGUACAAAUAAAAGCAUCAACAUACUUCGUAUACAUUA